AUGGCCAGAAGCCUUGUCGCUCGCAAACGGAACAUCCAAUGUAAAACCAAGGUGAAAACUGGUUGUGUAACCUGCAGAUUUUUUAUCAGUCAGACCAUCAACAGCACCCAUACUGGCGGCCUCAAGUCAGGGGUUGGCUUACAGGCCAUCCGGCCCCCCUUAACUGAGAUCCCCCCUCAGGACAUCGACCUUCUCAAUCGUUACUUCUCAACCAAAACCAUGUUCGAUGUGAAGCUGGACUGUGAUGAAGAAGCCAGGCAGGUCCUCCAAGCCAGCUUGACUGAUCCGGCUAUACGACACGCAGUCUUGUCUCUCAGAACUCUCCGGGAAGAUCGCGAGACGUCCGGAGACGUUCCAGCGUCUGUCGCGCAGCAGACCCCGAGCUAUGACUAUGGCCUCCGGCAAUACUGUAUGGCUUUGGGGGGUCUUGCGUCUAACAUGUCGUCUCCGAGCUCCAACGGGUUGAAGUCGGCAUUACUUUGCUGUCAGGUCUUCAUCAGCAUUGAGCAAGUGCGGGAGAAUUACGCUGCCAUGGCCCAGCACAUCGUUCGGGGACUCAGGAUCAUGCACGAGUACCGGGCAAGGCCAAAUUUUGUUGCCGCGAAUAAAUUGGUGCCAGCACACCAUGACCAACUACCCUUCCUGGAUGUUUUCAUCAUCAAGCUGUUUGCUGCACCAUGCAAGUUCGCGGAUCCUCCAGCCACUGCCGAUAUAGGCGGGACGACGGUGUCUGAAUGUUUCAUCUCGCCUCGUCAACAGCCUGGUGAAUCUCGCACUCUUCGCACGAUCGCACCCGACAUGCGGACAGAGCUUACGAGGAUCGCUGCAUCGACGCUUGAAUUCCUCGGCAAAGUGUCACAAGUCGAAUCGGUGGGAAACGCUCUUCGACUACUAUCCGAGAAGGCAGCUUUGCUGGACUCCUUAGAAUCGUGGCUUAUUGAUCUUGAACUCGUUCAGACGCAGAUCAGACCUCCUGGCCCCGAGCUUAUUUCAGUGUCUUUCAUGCGCUUCUUUCACCGGAUACUGAAAAUCGUUCUCUUGGGGACACUAGACUCCUCACCAGAUCUUUAUGCCGAGUUUCGGACCGAGAACGAGCGAUUGCAGAGCGUAGCGAACAAUGUGGGCGAAAGAGUAAAGGCUUAUAGAACGUGCAGUGGGACUAGAAGUGGUCGAGGGGAGCGAUCUAAAGUGCACUGA